AGCAAUACCAAGCGGGAAGGAUCGGUCUGCUGUCGCCGCUGCAUCUCCUGUGUGUAGUGGUUUUCCAGUGUUCUUGAGCUGGUUUCUAAAACCAGGAGCGACCUAGAAAUUAAACAUGCCGCGGGAAAUAAUCACGCUUCAGCUGGGACAGUGUGGAAAUCAGAUCGGUUUUGAGUUUUGGAAGCAGUUGUGUGCAGAGCAUGGCAUCAGUCCAGAGGGGAUCGUGGAGGAGUUUGCAACUGAAGGCACCGACAGAAAGGAUGUGUUUUUCUAUCAGGCUGACGAUGAACACUACAUCCCCCGUGCCGUCCUCCUGGACCUGGAGCCUCGAGUGAUCCACUCCAUCCUCAAUUCCCCUUAUGCAAACCUGUACAACCCAGAGAACAUCUAUCUUUCUGAGCAUGGAGGAGGUGCCGGCAACAACUGGGCCAGUGGAUAUUCACAGGGCAAAAAAAUCCAAGAGGACAUCUUUGAUAUCAUUGAUCGUGAGGCAGAUGGCAGUGACAGUUUGGAGGGAUUUGUCCUGUGUCAUUCCAUUGCUGGGGGGACAGGGUCUGGACUGGGAUCCUAUCUGCUGGAGAAACUCAAUGACAGGUACCCAAAGAAGCUGGUGCAGACGUACUCCGUCUUCCCAAACCAGGACGAGAUGAGCGACGUGGUCGUUCAGCCGUACAACUCGCUGCUGACGCUGAAGAGGCUCACCCAGAACGCAGACUGUGUGGUGGUGCUGGACAACACGGCUCUCAAUCGCAUUGCCACGGACAGACUGCACAUCCAGAACCCCUCGUUCUCGCAGAUCAAUCAGCUGGUCUCCACCAUCAUGUCUGCGAGCACGACCACCCUGCGCUACCCAGGCUACAUGAACAAUGACCUGAUCGGCCUGAUCGCCUCUCUCAUCCCCACACCCCGCCUCCACUUCCUGAUGACAGGAUACACACCGCUCACUACUGACCAGUCGGUUGCCAGUGUGCGAAAAACCACAGUGCUGGAUGUGAUGAGGAGGCUUCUGCAACCCAAGAACGUGAUGGUUUCCACGGGAAGAGAGAGGCAGCCGAGCCACUGCUACAUCGCCAUCCUCAACAUCAUCCAGGGAGAGGUGGACCCCACACAGGUGCAUAAAAGUCUGCAGAGGAUCCGGGAACGGAAACUUGCCAGUUUCAUUCCGUGGGGUCCGGCCAGCAUCCAGGUGGCGCUGUCCAGGAGAUCUCCAUACCUGCCCUCGGCCCACAGAGUCAGCGGUCUGAUGAUGGCCAACCACACCAGCAUCUCCUCUCUGUUUGAGCGGACGUGCCGGCAGUAUGACAAACUGCGUAAGCGCGAGGCCUUCCUGGAGCAGUUCCGCAAGGAGGACAUAUUCAAGGACAACUUUGACGAGCUGGACAACUCGCGUGAAGUUGUCCAGCAGCUGGUGGACGAGUACAGCGCGGCCACGCGGCCCGAUUACAUUUCCUGGGGCACACAAGAGCAGUGAACGGACUCAAGUCAACAAUCAACAGAACAGCGAUGGCCAGUUUAUUCCUGACUCGGUGGUAACUUAUACACGGACGUGUGUCCGAAAAAUAAACACAUUUGGUUUUUGGCUUUUUCCCUGAAAAAUUAUUUAUUAGCAUGUAAUGCCCUCUCCUGCCUGAGGGGGCAUAAUCGAUAAUAAUACCUAUUGUCAUUAUAUCAACUAAAAUAACAAUAAAAUAACAAAUUCUUAAACGUAGUUUAUAAGAAUCAGUCUCUUGAGUGACAUUAAAGGAAGAUUCUGUGCAGAAAUCCGUUUGUCCUAAGCUCCACUUUGCUCCCUCGUGACCCGUUUUAUUUACUUUUUCAUAAACAUCGUAAUGUUUUGCCUUGUUUUGUUUGUAUUCUUUCCCUGUACGUUUACUUCCAGCACUGUGCACUGCUGAUUUACAGUCUAUAAAAAUGACUUGACAAAGGAGUGGAAGAAUAAAUAGUGUAAUAGUCGAUCGGCGUUACGUUAUCGCACACUUUCAACAUGCAGCUGUGUACCAUCUAUGUGCGUCAGAUAUGCAUCGGUUAUUUGUAGGACUGCUACUCACAGUUAUCUUAAUUAUUGAUUAAUCUGUCAAUUAUUUUUGAUUGAUUUAUUUCUUUUUGGGGGCAAUUAAAUGUCAAAAAUGGCCAUUUUCCAAAGAUAUUCAAUUCAUUUAACUGUCAAAGAGAACCAGAAAUUCAAAUAAUUAAUUGUUGAAUGCAGAGUGAGCAAUUUUCAAUCAUCUUUUUCCCAGUUUUCUUUUUGGUCGCUCGCAAUUUAACAUUUAAGAAGCCAAUAUCAGGAACUCAAACAUUUAAUCAGUUAUCAAAAUAAUUGGCAAUGAACUAAAUGACAAAUAAUAAAUGUAUUAUUGCAACCGUACAUAGAAGCAAGUCGAUAAACAUGUGCUAUAAAAACAGACAUUUAUCACGUGGAGAAAGUUUGCACACAGAUGAACCCGCCGGUGCACGAGGGCAGAUUUUUAUUUUCAUACUUGAUCUCUGUGCCUGUAAAUACGCUUGUAAGGAGUUAGCUGCUUCACUAGCGUUCUCUUUAUCGCCUCAAUUUCCAUGUUAUUUGUGUGUUGGACCUUUAAAAAUGAUUAAUAAACAUGUUUUUGCUGUAA